GCCGAGCCAAUGAGCGGAAGACUUCGACACUUUUUGCCGCCCGUCUUCGAUCGCUCUCUUCCUCCGCUUGCCCUGUCGCAUCCCCCUCCCUCAUACCUUGCUUCUUGGCCGCCGGCCCUCUCUGACAACAGCCGACGAAGGGGAUUGCUCAUCACGCAACAACAAUAAUGGCUGCAGAAGAAGUCGCCGCACCAGCACCGGUGCCCGAUGCAGACAACACCCCUGGGCGCAAGCCCUUCUCAGAGCUCGAAUUGUCCGAGCCGACAAACAAGGCACUGGAGGCGAUGGGGUUCAAGAGCAUGACUGAUAUUCAGGCGAAGAGUAUACCGUCGCUGCUCGCGGGGAAGGAUGUCCUGGGUGCGGCGAGGACGGGAUCGGGCAAGACGCUCGCAUUCCUCAUACCGGCCGUCGAACUGCUGCACCGGAUGAAGUUCAAACCACGAAAUGGUACCGGCAUCAUUAUUGUCUCGCCUACAAGAGAGCUCGCACUGCAGAUCUUCGGAGUCGCGAGGGAGCUCAUGGCGCACCAUUCACAGACGUUCGGAAUUGUCAUGGGCGGUGCUAACCGGAGAGCGGAGGCAGACAAACUGCAGAAGGGUGUCAAUUUGAUUGUGGCUACGCCUGGGCGACUGCUCGACCACUUGGAGAACACAAAGGGCUUCGUGUUCCGAAACCUGAAGGCACUCGUCAUUGAUGAGGCCGACCGGAUAUUGGAGGUCGGAUUCGAGGAGGAGAUGAAGAGAAUCAUCGCCAUUCUACCAAACGAGAACCGACAAUCUAUGCUCUUCUCCGCAACUCAAACGACCAAAGUCACUGACCUCGCACGCAUAUCCCUCCGACCCAACCCCCUCUACAUCGACGUCGACAAGACGGAGCUCACAAGUACUGUCUCAACACUGUCUCAGGGCUAUGUGAUCUGCCCCUCAGACCGACGAUUCCUGCUUCUCUUCACCUUCCUUAAACGCAACAUGAAAAAGAAGAUCGUAGUUUUCUUCUCGAGCUGUAAUUCGGUGAAGUACCACGCCGAGCUGUUGAACUACAUUGAUGUCCCAGUGCUUGACCUCCAUGGCAAGCAAAAACAACAAAAGCGGACGACAACGUUCUUCGAGUUCUGCAACGCCGAGGCUGGCACACUCCUGUGCACAGACGUCGCCGCGCGUGGUCUCGAUAUCCCACGCGUAGACUGGAUCAUCCAGUACGACCCGCCGGAUGACCCGCGUGACUACAUUCACAGAGUCGGCCGGACAGCGCGUGCCGGUAAGGUUGGCAAGAGUCUGAUGUUCCUCCUGCCGAGCGAGCUCGGCUUCCUGCGGUAUCUCAAGGAUGCCAAAGUUCCAUUGAACGAGUUCAGCUUCCCCGCGGACAAGAUCGCCAAUGUGCAGUCUCAGCUGGAGAAGUUGCUCCAGAAGAACUACUUCCUGCAUCAAUCCGCGCGCGAUGGCUACCGGUCGUAUCUACAGGCCUACGCAUCCUACUCCCUCAAGAAGAUUUUCGACGUGAAUCAGCUCGACCUCGCAAAGAUUGGCAAGUCGUUUGGCUUCUCUGUCCCGCCACGGGUGAACGUAAACAUCGGGGGCGGUAAGGGUGGUGCAGGACGGUCCGGUCAGAAGCGGAAGCGUGAGGAUGCGGACGAGGCGAACGAUGAGGAGUGGGAGGAGAUUGACGCAGUGGACAAGGAUGCGAGUGAAGCAGAGGCAGACGGCACAGACGGAGAGGAUGAGCAACGGAGUCAGCGGAGGAAUAACAAGGAGAGGCGGAAGGAGACACUCGGGCAGCGGAAGGUGGAGAAGGAGGUGUACAAGAAGGGGCUGGAGAGGAAGAAGCUGAAGGGCGAGGGCAAGGCGCAAUGGAGCCGGUAGCAGUAUUCGAUCGCCCGCUGCCUAGCCUGUGCUUUGCUUGGAUCCCGUUCUCUCAGGCUUCUCUCGUGCUCUCCGCGUGCCUGCGCUGUAUUACUUACACGCGCUGUGUGUCUAUGUACUUGCAGUGAUUUAUUGCCUACAUUCUGUGC